GGGGGUAGACGUUUAUUGCACACCGAAAAUGGGCACAUGAGGGUCGCGCGCGCGCCAUCGAAUAUCGACUAGAUUUCCGUCCCACAACGCAACACAGGUACGGAUGUUGGAGACGAGCCAGUCCUUUCGCCUCGGGAGCUCUGACUUGGAAGAUCUGCCUUCCUGUUUUCGCCUCGAUCCCCACUUCUCUGUACCCGAUUUGGAUCGGCCAGGAGUCGUUCGAGAGCUCUCGACUUGCUUGUUCUGGGCUGUGUCAAUCGGCUCGGCGUCGGUCCUGUGGGCUGCGCUAGCGGCGUAUAUGUCUGAUUUAUUGCGCUGUCCACACAUUCCCGCUCCGUAGUUCCGGGCCCAGGCUCGUCGCUAGCCGUCCUUCUCGAUCCGCUCUCAGCUAGCUCCGAAGAGCUCCCCCGAGGCAUUCUUGGAAGCGGCCCCUCUACACCCGCCCCUCCUCGAGGACCUUUCUUCCUCUCGUACCAUGGUCGCAGGAGAGCAGCAUUCACCCAACGUUUCAUUCCUCCGCAGUCGAUUAAGAAGUUGCCCGCUUUCUGGUCGAUAAUGGUGUAGGGGCCUUUCCAGC